AUGUUAGAGAAGUUUAUCAAUGACAUGCAGAAUACGAAGAUGAAUGUUGAAGUGCGCACCGAGCGUGUGCACAAGACAAUGGCAAUGUUAGAGGAGCGUUAUCGCAACUCAGACAAAGAACCCAUACACUUACAAAUCCUCAAGGUACAAAGGUACUUAGCACUGAAGUACUAUGGACUACAAUCAGUAGUGGACAUCCUAAUCAAAGGAGACAAGCAACCUGAUGGAAGUGAAGGACACUUGUCUGACAUCGAACAUACCAAGUUUCAUACUAUGACGGAGACACACAUACGAAUAGCGUCAGUAACACAGGCUGAGCGUAUGUUGAGGGAUCAGGCGCGAGCUGCAAACAAUGCAGAUAAACGCAACAAUACGCAGGUGAACAUGCAGGUGGAGGAUAACUAUAUGAACGCUAACAAACGUCACAAGACAGACAGUGGUACGCACAACCAGCACAAGCAAGGGGGGCAGACACAGAAAAAGAACGGAGCACGUGAAGAGCGUGCAUGA